CCAUCCCUUUUCUGUCGAGUUGCCUGAAUCUCAUAUUUAUCUGCUGCCCCCCCUUCCCAUUUGAAACCUCUUCGUCAGUCAGCAGCCUCCGGAGGUCAGCAGACAAGAGCCGGGAGCUGCAGAGUGGCCCCCAGAUGGACACCUGCAUGCCUGGCUUCCCUGUCACUACUUUAGGCAAUUUGUGAACCGUACAAGGGGAGGGGUGAGCAUUGAAUCAGAUUGUUGAUAACGUCCCUACAAGGACUGCUAAUAGGAGCACGCUUCUCUACUGCAGAAGACAGAGAUAUCCCUCAAUCUACAGCAUGUUAGCCGGCCAGGAUGUUCCUCUUACAGAAUGUGGCAAAAGACUAGGGAAAUGAGAGAGCUGUCGGAGCCGUGCGCUAUGCAGACAUGUCCAGCCCUUCAUCUUUGCAAUUUUCCGUCCCAGUGAAGGAUCAAAUGGACUGAAUAUAUCUUCUAUUUUUUGUGUUGUUUUUUUUCUCCCUCCCUUCAUUAUGGCAAUCUUGCAUUGUUUGACCAAAGCUUGCUCCAGAGGAAGACAGGCUGCGGAAUUUAGCCACUGAUCACUCACUAGCCCUGGCCUAAGGCUAUGCUGAGAUUUUUAUCCCAUUUGUAUUGUUGCAGCUCAAAGGAAGAAUGUUCAGAGGAUGACAAGUGUAUUCUGAGUAGUACCGUGGUGACAACAUGCCAUUGAAAUGGAAAACCAGCUCUCCUGCUAUCUGGAAAUUCCCUGUUCCCGUGCUUAAAACAUCCAGGUCAUCGCUGCUUUCUCCAGCAUACAUAUCUUUGGUGGAAGAGGAGGACCCUCACUUGAAAGUCUCUCUAGGGAGCACCGAUAUGGGUGUGUCUGCUCAUCUCCAGUCUUCAAAGACGGGCACCACUCGCUUCUUCACCAGCAAUACUCAUAGUUCAGUGGUGUUACAGGGAUUUGACCAGCUACGAAUAGAAGGCUUGCUUUGUGAUGUUACAUUAGUGCCAGGUGAUGGGGAGGAAAUCUUUCCAGUUCACAGAGCUAUGAUGGCAUCCUCAAGUGAUUACUUCAAAGCCAUGUUUACAGGUGGAAUGAAGGAACAGGACUUAAUGUGCAUUAAAUUACACGGUGUGAACAAAAUUGGAUUAAAGAAAAUUAUUGAUUUCAUUUACACUGCAAAACUUUCCCUGAAUAUGGAUAAUCUUCAAGAUACACUGGAAGCUGCAAGCUUUUUACAGAUACUGCCUGUGCUGGACUUCUGUAAAGUAUUUCUUAUAUCUGGGGUUACUCUGGAAAAUUGUGUGGAGGUUGGACGCAUCGCAAACACCUACAACCUCACAGAAGUCGAUAAAUAUGUCAAUAACUUUAUUCUGAAAAAUUUCCCACCUUUAUUAACUACGGGGGAGUUUGUGAAACUCCCGUUUGAACGUCUCGCCUUUGUGCUUUCUAGUAAUAGCCUUAAGCAGUGUUCCGAGCUUGAACUGUUCAAGGCCGCGUGUCGCUGGUUACGUUACGAAGAUUCGCGUAUGGAAUUUGCUGCAAAACUAAUGAAGAACAUUCGAUUCCCUCUUAUGACACCACAAGACCUUAUAAACCACGUCCAGACGGUGGACUUCAUGAGAACUGACAAUACAUGUGUAAAUUUACUUUUGGAAGCUAGCAAUUACCAAAUGAUGCCGUAUAUGCAGCCGGUUAUGCAGUCAGAAAGAACUGCCAUUCGUUCAGACAACACUCAUUUGGUGACAUUGGGGGGAGUGUUAAGACAACAGCUGGUGGUAAGCAAAGAGCUGCGGAUGUACGACGAAAAGGCCCAUGAGUGGAAAUCUUUGGCUGCAAUGGAUGCUCCCCGAUACCAGCAUGGAAUAGCGGUCAUUGGAAAUUUUCUCUACGUAGUUGGUGGCCAAAGCAAUUACGACACAAAGGGAAAAACUGCUGUGGACACGGUUUUCAGAUUUGACCCUCGAUACAAUAAAUGGAUGCAAGUGGCAUCUCUAAAUGAAAAGCGUACCUUUUUCCACCUAAGUGCCCUCAAAGGUCAUCUGUAUGCAGUUGGUGGUCGAAAUGCAGCUGGUGAACUUGCUACUGUGGAAUGUUACAAUCCCAGAACAAAUGAAUGGAGCUAUGUCGCAAAAAUGAGUGAGCCGCAUUAUGGCCAUGCUGGGACUGUUUUCGGUGGACUCAUGUACAUUUCAGGAGGAAUUACGCAUGACACCUUCCAGAAGGAACUGAUGUGUUUUGAUCCGGAUACUGACAAAUGGACUCAGAAAGCUCCCAUGACUACAGUACGAGGUCUUCACUGCAUGUGCACUGUCGGAGACAAACUUUAUGUCAUUGGUGGAAACCAUUUCAGAGGAACUAGCGACUAUGAUGACGUCCUGAGUUGUGAAUAUUACUCUCCAUCUUUGGACCAGUGGACUCCAAUUGCCGCGAUGCUACGGGGACAAAGUGACGUUGGGGUAGCGGUUUUUGAAAAUAAAAUUUAUGUGGUUGGUGGAUACUCUUGGAACAAUAGAUGUAUGGUAGAAAUUGUCCAGAAAUAUGACCCUGAAAAAGACGAAUGGCACAAAGUUUUUGAUCUACCAGAAUCCCUUGGGGGUAUCAGAGCUUGUACUCUUACAGUUUUUCCACCAGAUGACAACAAUUGUUCACCAUCUCGGGAAUCUCCUCUCUCAGCACCUUGAAGACAGAUAUUGUAAUAUCUUUGCACUGCAUCAAGAUGGAUUUUUUUUUCUCCAUUUCCUUGAGAUAGUAUCAGAUACGUGUGGCCAACGGGAUUUGGCAAAACCUCUUCUGUAAAGAAUUUUGUAAUAUUAAUUUGGCAUUGAUUAUUUAAAAAGAAUAUCAAACCGUUAAUUUAAAAUGGCCAAAUGUUUAAAAUCAGAUGGUUCGACUAGGUACGUAUGCUAUGCUGGCUAUGGGAUUUAGAGAUGGUGGAGGUGGACUUUAGCAGUCCUGUCCAUUCAGAUCUUCCUGGUGUUUACAUAGCCCUCUCAUAUAUUUAAAGCUGACUUAAAUGGUUCUGUCUAAAAGUACCCUUUUGAAUAUUUAUUUGAGCACUUUCCCAAGUAUCCUUUUAAAGGGCCAGUAGUCUUGUCAUAGAUGAGGUUGAUAUACAUCAAUUUAGAGUUAUUCUGCCAUCUUGGUGCCAUCUGAAGCAUAGUUAUAAGGGGAGUCUGGUCUAUCAUAAAGUGCCGCUACAAUUUCUAUUAAGAAAGCAAAAUUCAUUUUGUGGCCUGUGAUAUCAGAAACCUGAAUGAAGCUUAAAUGGGAGAUGCAAAAUGCAUCAUGCAAAAUAAAUACUUGGCAUUUAAAGACAACAGUAAAAACUAAAUUAGAUAAGUAGUAAUCCUGAUUACCAAGGCUGAUAAUGCUUUGCUAAAACAUAUUCAUUUUAUUGCUUUGGGUUUUCACAAAUAGCUUUUAGCACAGCCAUUGCAUUUUACCAGCAGCGGGUAACUCUGCACACAGAUAUCACUCAACUUUUUGCCCUACCCUUGAAGCAUGAUCCCAACUCUUUGCCCUACCCUUGAAGCAUGACCAAAACUCUUAGACUGGACUAAGCCAGAAGUGGAUCCAAAUAAAGAAAUGUAGGUAUGUCUAUUACAUUUCUCAUUCUUUUAUGGUCCAUUCCUAGAUCUGCUUAAAAGAGAGAAUUUCAUUAUGAGUGCUUAUAUUUAUCCAGUGUAAGAGAUGAAAAAUAGGGCUGUAAUAUAUGUCUUAACCUGUCUAAGAAAUAGGAGCUUGUGACCUGUGAGGGGUCAAUAGGCUUGGUUAUAGCUGAGCUUUUUGCUGAACCCAUGGUGGUCAUGGUGCACAAAGUUAAAGGGGUUGUCAGGAUUAGAAAAGCAGAGCUGAUUUCCUCAAAAACAGCACCACUCCUGUCCUCAGGUUGUGUAUAAUAUUGCAGCUCAGUCCAAUUAAGGUGAAUAAAGCGAAGCUGUAAUACCACACACAACCGGAGAACAGUUGUGGUGCUGUUUUGGGGAGAAAUCAGCUAUGUUAUUCUAUUCCUGAAUAACCCCUUUUAAAGCGAAACUCUGAUCACGCUUUGGCGGUAGAUAACUGUUUAAAUCCCCCAGCAACUUUGCGAUCAGUAUGUGGAUUUACCUGAAAUCCCAUGCCUGUCCAUUGGACUUCCAACAGAUCCGUAUACUGAUUGAUGUAUUGGGCUGUAGUGUUUCUGACAGAUUUUGGGUCUAUUCACAUAUACAGUAUUCUGCGCAGAUUUGAUACGCAUGAUUUCAAGCGGUGUUCAGUUAUUUAGUUUACAUUGAAAUCUGCAACAGAACAUCCUGCGCAUCAAAUCUGCGCAGAAUACUGUAUAUAUGAAUAGACCUUUAAACAGAUAUUUUGCCCCCAGAGCAUGAUAGGAGUCAUUCUUUAAAUGGAAAAAAUUAGUUUUCACCCAUCAUUCCUGAUAAUUUUGGCAUCUGGUGUCAGAGAAUAUGUGAAUUAUGUUCUGUGAACACCACAUUUGUUACAGUAAUUUAGUAUCUCUAUCAUGCAAUGAAGCUGCAUUAAACCAAUUGUACUUGUUAGCUGUUCAGAUUCCUGGAUUCUUGGCACAUACGGUAUGUGAUCACUUACUGUUGAGUAGAGUCCAUCAUAUUUCACAGCUAUCGGUUUAUUGCAGCCUCGCUGAAGGCAUUCUUGAAGUAGCAUGAGAAUAGGUGUGGGAUGACUCACGGCUACAAUGGAACCUUUUCAUAUUGGGAUUGAUUAACCUUGCUGUAUUACAAACCUUAUUUGAGUAUUGUCCAAUGUAUAUUUUACGUAAGACAUCAGAUUCCUUCUCUUCCCUUUUCCCCAUACUCUUGAAUAGCACUUCUACUUAGCUAAGUAACAAUAUACAGUAGAGUGAAACUAUCUAUGCAUACCCAAGCAGAUGUAUCCUCCCACAGUUCUAUAAGGACUGUAAGGCUUUCCAGUUCCCGCUGCCAUUUAAAAAAAAAGUAAAACAAUCAUAAAUAACAGAAUUUUAAAAGGAUUGAAGAGAACGAACUGAUGGUUUAUAGUGAAUGUAUAUUUACUGUUGGUUUUUGUGAUUCCUUGUGAAAAUCCUCUAAAAGCUGCCAAAUUACAAGGAAAUUCAAACUAAUGGGUGACAGUCACACUGUGCAGAUGCUGGGGGGGGGACUGGGAGAGAACACCCCUAUGGGUCAUGUGCUCUAAAGAAGUCAUCACACAAGACAUCUAUCACCUAUGCACCUUAUCUUCUUAAGCAGAAAGUUCCUUCUAACCUUAAAGGGAUCAACUGCUUUAAUUAUAGUUGUGGAAUUCCAAGUAGUGACCAAUAUAGAAUUCUAGAGCAAAUAAUUAUUUUUUAUUCUGUUGAGGAGCCGUAUAGUAUGGACCAGAGGUUACUUUGAUGAUGGCAUUUAUCUAGCCUUGUUUUAUAACUAAUAUUUAGUCAUUUAGGCUUUUUCCCUCUUCUGUUGGCAAAUGCUAACAAAAUGGUUUGAAUACUUGGAUCUACUACUGGCUCUUUAAAUGGUACCUUCACUUUGGGAUGUGCUAGACGGAAUAUACCACAGAACAGCCCUUUCCUUUAAUGUAGGGUGAUGGAGUAUUUUCAAUGGCUGCAAGUAAUUUUGUGUUCCUUUACAGCCACCCUCAGAUCUACUAGAUCACCAUUUAUGGCAGUCUAUAAUAUACAGCUGGGAUGGAGUAGAUCAUAGACCGAUGUGAGACAGCCUUAGACUGCUGAAGGGUUUUCUGUGAAUGUUAAAUCCCCAGAGCUGUUCUGCUUUAUUUAUGGAAGCUUUCUUAUAAAAUGGCUUGUACCACUCUUCUCUAUUGUUUGUGGCUAGUAUUGCAGCUUGUCUACAUUCAAGUGAAUAAGGCUAAACUGCAAUCCCAGACACCACCUAUAGAUAAAAGUGAUGCUGUUUGUAGGGAAAAAAAAGCAUAUUUUAUUUCUGUUUCUAACACCUUAAAGGCAAUAGGCAUUUUCAAAUACUUUUUUAUUACAUGUAAGUUAACUAUUAAAUCGGAUUUACAAUUAGUUUUAAUUUAAAAAAAUUGAUUCUGCAGUUUGCAUAUAAUACAAUGCAAACGGCUCAGUUCUGUGUUUAUUGCAUCAAGCAGCUCAGCCUGCAGCCUUUCUAUCUCUCUUCCUCUUGAAUGCUAAUCUUUUAUUUUAUAAAGAUUUAUGUAUGUUUUUUUUUUGUAUAUAUUAGUAUUCAGGAGUGAAGAGAGGAACUACAGGCUGAGCUGUCAGGGAGGCAGCUUUCUGAGCGCAGAAUAGUAUCUAGCAGCUUGCAUUGUAGUAUUAGACAUAAAAAACAAAGGGACAUUUUUAUUCUAAAACCAAUUGUAAAUCAGUUUUAUUUGCAGUGUAAUAAAAAUUUGUUAAAGAUAUCCAUAGCCCUUAAAGUUUUAGGAAAAUGAAGUGUUGAAGUGUUGUAAGUACCACCAAAAGUGGAAGCACGUCUUCCUUUUCUGGUCUUAUUUUAAAGCAUUGGAAACGGCUACGAUUGUCUUUCAUUAUAAAAUAAAAUGAUUUGUAAGA